GUGUCUCGUCCCCGCGCAUGCGCGCUGGGCGCUACCGGCACGGCCAUGGCGCACGGGCACGGGCCCGGCCGGUGCCGCUGCUGCGGGGAGGAGGCGGCGGAGCGCGGCGCGGCCUGGGGGCUCUACCUGCGCAUCGACCGGCAGCGCCUGCAGUGCCUCAACGAGCGCCGCGAGGGCUCCGGAGCCACCGUGUUCCGGCCCUGGGAGGAGCGCGGGGACCGCUCGCAGUUCGUGGAAAGCGAUGAUGAUGAGGAGCUGCUCUUCAACAUCCCGUUCACGGGCAGUGUGAAGUUGAAAGGAGUCAUUGUGAUGGGCGAGGACGAUGGGACACACCCGGCAGAGAUGAGGCUGUUCAGGAACAUUCCUCACAUGUCCUUUGAUGACACAGCCAAGGAACCAGAGCAGACGUUCAGCCUGAGCCGGGAUCCCUUGGGAGAGCUGGAAUAUCCCACCAAAAUUGCCCGUUUCUCCAAUGUUUACCAUCUCUCCAUGCACUUCCCAAAGAACUUCGGAGCGGAGACAACCAAGAUUUUCUACAUAGGCCUGAAAGGGGAGUGGACAGAGGCUCAUCGCCACGAAGUCACCAUCUGCAACUACGAAGCCUCGGCGAACCCGGCCGACCACAAGUUGGAACAAAUCACCCCUCAGACUCACUUCAUCUCCUAACGGGGCUGCCGCGAGCCUGCCUGGGGCAGGAACGGCUUCCCGAGGCAACGGAGCACCUCCAUGUUUGUGGGACAGACACGGCGGCGCGGUGU